UAUAGGGACAGCGCACAGCGGGGAAAUUUGAUGGUUUUCUAUACUGACAUAUAGGCGUUUUCAGCACUGGACAGCGCUCGCGAGUGUUGUCGAGUUUAUCAUUGCGCACCCACCCACCAUGCUCACUCAUCAACGAGGAAAGCGGCUGUGCGGAUUAAAUGAUCUAUUUGGUUCUAUAAUGAGUGGAUAAACCACCUGACAUUGCGUUCUUUAUCAGGCCCGUAGGUCAUCGGGCUCGAUGGCAAUUUUAUAUAGUUACCCCUGAUGUUUCUCUUUUCCCCUUUUGUAGCCAUUGGAAUAGGGGAGAACAGACCCUAAUGUAGGUCCGUGUCUUCUGGACCUGUCUGGCCAUAUAGUUUCGGACAUUAUUCAUUCUCAAGUGACUGAACGUCUUGAGUGAGGAUGAAUAAAGGGGGCUCUCGGUCGACCACCUCGCUUCCACCGGAGCCGGUGGAAAUAAUCCGGAGCAAGGCGCACUACCGUCGGGUAAGACUUAAUGUUGGGGGUCUCCUCCACGAAGUUCUAUGGAGGACGCUGGACAGGUUGCCCCGAACAAGGCUGGGCAAACUACGAGACUGUAACACCCACGAGUCUCUCAUGGAGAUAUGCGACGACUACAGUUUGGAUGAUAAUGAGUACUUUUUUGACAGACACCCCGGGGCUUUCACGUCCAUUCUGAAUUUCUACCGCACGGGAAAACUGCACAUGAUGGAGGAGAUGUGUGCCCUGUCGUUUAGUCAGGAGCUGGACUUCUGGGGUAUAGAUGAGAUCUACCUGGAGUCCUGCUGUCAGGCCAGGUACCACCAGAAGAAGGAACAAAUGAACGAGGAGCUCAAAAGAGAGGCCGAAACUAUGAGAGGCAGGGAAGGCGAGGAUUUUGAUACCACAUGUUGUUCCGAGAAACAAAAGAAACUGUGGGAUCUCCUGGAGAAGCCGAGUUCCUCGUUAGCUGCUAAGGUUCUGGCCAUCAUCUCCAUCCUCUUUAUCGUGCUGUCAACCAUUGCCUUGUCUCUGAACACCCUCCCGGAGCUGCAGGACAUAGACGAGUUUGGCCAGGUGACAGACAACCCUCAGUUGGCUCACGUGGAAGCGGUGUGCAUCGCCUGGUUCACCAUGGAGUACCUGCUCCGCUUCAUCUCCUCGCCCAGCAAGUGGAAGUUCUUCAAGGGUCCACUAAACAUAAUAGACCUGCUGGCCAUCCUACCCUACUACGUCACCAUUUUCCUGACUGAAUCCAAUAAGAGCGUUUUACAGUUCCAGAACGUCCGGAGGGUGGUGCAGAUCUUCAGGAUCAUGCGUAUCCUCCGUAUUCUGAAGCUGGCCAGGCAUUCCACAGGGCUUCAAUCGCUGGGCUUCACCCUGAGGAGGAGCUACAAUGAGCUGGGCCUGCUCAUCCUAUUCCUGGCCAUGGGCAUUAUGAUUUUCUCCAGCCUUGUCUUCUUCGCUGAGAAGGACGAGGAGGACACCAAGUUCAAAAGCAUCCCGGCCUCCUUCUGGUGGGCUACCAUUACUAUGACUACGGUGGGGUAUGGGGACAUCUACCCAAAGACUUUACUGGGUAAGAUUAUUGGGGGUCUAUGCUGCAUAGCUGGAGUGUUGGUGAUAGCCUUGCCCAUCCCCAUCAUCGUCAACAACUUCUCAGAGUUCUACAAGGAGCAGAAGAGGCAGGAGAAGGCCAUCAAACGGCGGGAGGCCCUGGAGAGGGCCAAGAGGAACGGCAGCAUCAUCUCCAUGAACAUGAAGGAUGCGUUUGCACGCAGUGUCGAGCUCAUAGACGUAGUGGUAGAAAAUAAUGGAGAGAACAUGGGGAAGGUGCAGGACAAACACCUGUCUCUUAGCCACAGGAAAGAGACUCCCAAGAGGACCACCUCAGACAUGGGCUCCACUCAGUCAUUAGAGCCCAGCUCACCAGACAAAGCCCAUCCCGCCAGCCCUCAGCAACUCAACACUCAGAAACUGGAGGAGAUGUACAACAAGAUGGCCAAGACCCAGUCUCAGCCUAACCUUAACAGUAAGGACAAGGGGCAUUUGUCUAAAGCGCCCAAGAAGAGAGACGAGAUAGAGAUGGGUAUCAUCCCCACAGAGCCUGCCCCAACCACAGACAUGAGGAGCAUGUCCAGUAUUGACAGCUUCAUGAGUUGUGCUGCUGACUUCACCGAAAGUGCCCGCUUCUCCCACAGCCCCAGCACCAUUGUUCCAGGGAGGGUUAGCACCAACCCCGUGCUCGAGACCACCCUGGAGCACGAGGCUAUGGUGUCCUCCCACAGCGCCACCAAGGUCCCUGGAGGACGAGGCUCCAAGCACGGCCUGUUCUCUGACAGCCCCCGGGGCCUACGCUUCAGCAACCCGCUAAAGAACCGCUCCCUCAAGGUCAACUUCAAAGGCGGGGACGCAGACCCUUCCUCCUCCCCAUUAGCACAGGGGCCAGGGGGCGGGGCCCUCUCAGAUAGCUCUGCCCUCUCUGCCCACUCCCUCAUGAGUCCUGAGGUGUCUGUCUACACCACUGCCAGCAGCAAGACUCCACCCCCUGAGACCCUGAUCCCGACAGUCUUCACAUUCCAUGACGCGUCCAUCAGUAAGUUCAUUGAUGCUGACACGGACGAGGAGGAACACCUCCAUGAUAGCUCGGGUACAAACGCCUCCCAGAGGCUUCUGGGAAAAGCCAGCCCCAAGCUCAGCUCCUACAGCAGUCACCACCGCGUGGCCAACCACCUGGAGGGCUCCCAGAGAAUGCUGGGUAACAGUGUGUUCCCCUUGGAGGCCAGGUCAGGUGGGGGACAGGGGAAUCAUGUGCUCUCCCGGGGAGAGAGGAGUCGUUCAAACACCCAUAAUGAGAGCAAGUGAGGUAGGGGGAGGGAAUCGAUAGUACAGAGAGGACCCAAACAGGAGGACAUUGUGCAAAUACCAGAGAGAAAUAAAAUAAAACAUGAGCUCUAACCCAUAAAAGGGACUGCAUUCCUACUUACAUGAAUAAAAGGAACUAAAACACCUGCAGCGACUGGGUUUUUUGUUUUGUAACAAAUGCCCAAUAAGUAGAACGUAUGGGACACAGGAAGGAGCUCACUCGUCCUUCCAUUUCCUGCUACUUGAGGGCAAAGACUGUCAGCAAAAUGACCCAGGGCACUGGGAGAUGCUACAGUACUGCUGGAUUGAAAGAGAGAGAAUUUAAAAGGGUGCAUUGCUGUGUCCAAGGGGGAUAUGCAUAACUCUGCAAAUCUGGUCACACACUGUAGAUUUAGGCAUUACUGAAUCAGCAUUGUGCUAAAAUACAUGUUGUUGAUUUCCUUGUGUUUUCUUCCUCAAAACUGGCCUUGGUUAUAUGUGACUAUGUGUAUGCAUAGCGUGUACGUGUGUUUGUAUGUCUGUAGAUGUAUGUGUAUGCAGGAUGAUAGGCAGAUAAACAUACACACACAGUUAUGCAGUAUUUUAUGUGUAUUGUUUUCCUUUUUUUAUAAUAUAAAUAGUAUAUUUUCUUUGGUCUGUUAUUUUGUGACGCUAUCUGAGAGGUGAACUUUCAUCCUUGUUAAUCAACAGUUUGGUUAAGUCAUUGGAGAGGAAACGGCCACUUUGAUAUCCUGUCUGUUUCCUCAUUCCCAUCACACCUCUGCUUCCCACCUCCCGCCUCCCGGGUAGCACUAACCGCAUAAACUGAAUAUUUUCAAUUCUGUACAGGGUAUUCUUUGUUGUUUUGUUUGUUUACUUAUCUUUUUGUUUUUGAUUGUGUGUUUUAUCCAGACAGGUUAGGGUCUCCUUUAUAUUUUAAUACUCUCUCAGAUGUGUGGUUGUGGUUGAUUGUCAUACUUCAUAUCCAAUCACCAUUGAUACUGGGGAGGGGAUAAAAGCAUCCAUUUAGGCUGGAUUGAAAGUACUGAAAACACUCAGAUUUUCCAUUUUAAAGUUCCACAUUUGUACAAUGGAUAAUCCUGUAAGAGCAUAUAACUCAACAAGAACAUGAAAAAAGAACACGCUCAUUGUGCAAAAAGUAAUAUUUUUUAAAUAUUUUUUUAGAAUGGCAUAUUAGAAGAAUGAAUUAUGCUAAACUCAUAGUUUUGCAUUUCAAAUACAUUGUUUUAUUUUAGAGAGAAUAUUACAAGAUAAUGAAUUUGUAUUUUUUGCUAGUAGUUGGGGUAAAUGUUUGUCCUUCUAUCCUUCGUACAAUGUGAAUAACUUUGUAUAACACUCUGUUAAAUCCAGGGCAUCUUUAAUCAUAUCAUGGACUCACACAAUGUUAUUAAUUAAUUAUUUACAUUUACAUUUAAGUCAUUUAGCAGACGCUCUUAUCCAGAGCGACUUACAAAUUAUAACAACAAUAGUUUCAAAACACCAGAAUGUCCGAAAUACUUCAUGAAGCCAGGACAAAUUCAAACACAGCAGAGAUGAAGGGAGAAGGGAGGAGUGGAAUGAUGGAAGGGGGAGAUGGUAAGAUGCCACACAGGAAGAAAGAAUAGGGAACAGCACUUUAUUUACAGAGGGAAUCAUGAUCUCAUUUGAUGACUUCCACACUAUGGAUGGUAGAGCUGAGGACCAGCUGCCAGAAUUCACAACAAGCAUCAUAUGGCUACAUACACAGACACUGACAAACACAGAGCCACUCGCAUGCUCAAACACAUGCAGUCAACACAUGCUCACAGGCACGUUUUAUAUGGGUUCAAUCUAAACUUAACCUAUCCCAGUACAUAUCAUAGGUAGUAUCUGAUACAGACCACAUUUCCAGCUCAAUAUAUCCACUACUCUCAUACACUUUACAAUGUUAAAGAUACGAUUUUAAUGUAGCCUUUAAUACACCCGGCUAAACACUCAAUAUAGAGUGAGAAAAAAGUGUAUUGUUGACUUCCAUUGUCCUAUUUUUCUAUUGUCAGACUACAUGCAAAGAGAUAGGUAUUUCUGUGCCUCUGCCAGUAACAAACUUGCUUCCCUCCCCCAUCUCCACUCUGGAAAGUCUGUCACUGUAGCCUCAGUUUAAUAGAGCUCACAUGACAAUUCAAUAAAGUGUAAUGCAAAUAAACACAGAGAACUGGUUCGCCAUGCUGUCAGGGUGUGAUAUUAAAGCACACAAACACACAGACACGCAAUACACACAACACACACACACUGGUAGCACACAGAGACACACACAGCAAUAGUGUGCUGCCCCAUAGACUUAAAUAAAUACACUAAUUAUUUUGAAUAACCAAAGCCAAACACAAUCACACAUGAGGGCAUGGCCUACUAGAGAAAUAUACUAUCAACAAUUCAAAGAGAACCCUGGGGGGAGGAAGGGGGGUGGUAGGCUGGUGUGACCAACCAUGUAGUUAAUUACAGUCAGAUGAUGAGAGAACAGUGGGGCAGAGAGCUGUGUGUCUACUGUUCCUCCUGAUGUCUGUAGCUAUUCCUGUGGACCUCAGGCCCUAGUCCAGCCCCACUCUAUAUCCAUAGCCAGUCCACUAUUAGAUGAUUUUAUCCCUAACAAUGGAAUAUUGGGCCAUUUAGUCUGUAUUGGAAUUAAUUGAAUAAGCAUUACAGAGCAUUGUAGGACACUUGACCUCUGAACCCACACCCGGUAGAGAGACCAUUACCCCUUGACUUACCAGAGCAGCAUUACUUCCUAUAAGACACAUAUUAAAUAUAGAUCACUUUAUCCUUUAUGUUCAUGCUUUCCUUUUCAAAGGGAAGAUGGCUAUUAAAUCAGUAGGACUACUGUACUGAGUCAAGGAAUAAUGCCUGUCUGUUUGGUGACUCAAACACUGAGGGAUAUUUUGAGUGUGUUCCAUUCUCCUGCUUAACACGAAACACAAGAGUGUCUGUGAUAAUUUUUGUGUAUUUCCUACUGAAAGGGUUGCACUCUUGAGCAUGUUUGUGUAUAAUGACAAUGUGCAAAUGAUGGUUGGUUUGAGGCAGGUUUUUGGAUUUGAAUCCAUUUCUCUGGUCCCAUAAAUACCAGUCUGGGCAGGGCAGUGUAAAGAUCAGGCCACCAAGUCAUAGAGGUCUUUGAAAGUAAAUGUUUUAAAGAGUAAAGUGUCAGGGAAAGGUGGAAUUGGCAUUUACAAGAAAACAACAGGCCAGGUAAAGUUGUGAGAGGGUUCCGUUGUGGGAACUGCACAUCCAUGGAUAAGUUGCAUUUUAGAUACAAGAGGGUAGGCCUACAUUGUUCUCUUAUUGCAAGGUGUAUUAUUAUUCUCAUAAAAUGAUAUUAUUAUAUACCUGCUUCAUCUGUCUCAGAAUACUUUGUCAACUGUCCCGUUCUCUAUAGCUGAAAGUCCUCAAAUUACUCGGUGGAAUCUAACCUUGAAGUCGGGUUCAGUUCUGAAGCCCCCACAAUUCACGUUCAAAACAUUCUGUAAUUGCUUCAGUGAGUGAGCCCCUAAGUAACUACUGAUUAUGUGCAUAACAUCAAGGCCCAAUACAAACUUAAGUUCAAUACAAACUGAAUUCAGACAAAUGAUUCAUUCAAAAAUGUAGUUGGAUCUUUCCUAGUAGUCUUAGUAGUCUUCUAGGUCUAGGAUAUUGAUGUAUAACAAUCAAUACAUUGUAACAAAGUUGGAGAUGGGGAAAUGGGAGGAUAUAUGUAUAGAUCAUACGAAAGUCAGGGUCUCCUUCCACAUAAAAUACUACAGCAGAGCUCAUUCACACAUGGUAAAGUCAAAUUUAACAAUCAAUUAAUCAAAUGUAUUUAUAAAGCCCUUUAUUUAUUUAUUUGUCACAAAGUGCUAUACAGAAACCCAGCCUAAAACCCCAAACAGCAAGCAAUACAGAUGUAGAAGCACGGUGGUUAGGAAAAACUCCCUAGAAAGGCAGGAACCUAGGAAGAAACCAAGAGAGGAACCAAGCUCUGAGGGGUGGCCAGUUCUCUUCUGUGCCGGAUGGAGAUUAUAAGAGUACAUGGCCAUUUAAGGCCAGAUUGUUCUUCAAGAUGUUCAAACAUUCAUAGAUGACCAGCAAGGUCAAAUAAUACAGAUUUCAAACCACGCAUAAUGGUGAUCAUGAUUCCUGUUUCUCUUUUACACUCUGGUGUUGGAUGAACUUCUAUGAUUUUAAUGUGGCUUUUAUUUUUUUUUAUUUUUUUGUUAUAAAUAAAUGCGCUCUAUUGGACCCUGAGCUAUCUCUUUGAAACGGGCCUCCUACUUGGCCAAACCAAACACACUGUCUCCAGACAGACUCAUUAAUAACAUUCUUACUACAUGGUUGUAAAUAUGAUGUCCCAAAAAGCACAAUGUAUUAUUUAUUUGAUUCAUCAUUUUAUUUUAUCAUCACCAACUACCAAACAAACAGAUGCAGCCAACUGCUAAUGCUCCACAAACUGAACAGAAUUAUCCCCCUUUUUCAGAGAAUUCAUCCUCCCCCUCCUCUCUCUCACGCAGCCCUCUAUGCUGUCCUUUUUAAGUUUCAUGCUUUGUUUGUACCAGUUUACUUUCUAGGCUCUUGGUGUUCUGUUGUGUGAGGCGUGUAGCGCAACCAAGUUGUGACACAGAAUCUGUACAUUUCUUGUACAUAGCAAAAACCAAAUGUCUAUGAUCUUUUUGAAACAAUGUUCUCCCUUUACUGACUGAAAACUAAAUACAAGUCCAGAAUUAAA